CUUGCUCUUCAGUUAACAUCUCGAUCUCGUAAACCGGUACUCUGAUCACGCCAGUAUUUUGUGAUCACUUUCAGCUACGGCCAGCUACAAUAAACGUAGCUUCGAGGCUUCCUGGUGAUCCUUACUCAUAGGAGAAAUCGGCACCGCCAUCCUUUGCUGCUCGCCAUCCAUGGAACGACACAGAUUCCUCAUUCUCCGUUCUCCGAUUGCCGGCCAGGAUCUCCCUAAGCUUCUUGGUCGAUUGACGCUCGACUACACCUCUCCACUGGAUAACUCGGUCCCCGACGAUCCCACCUCUUUCACAAAGGAUCAUCUUCGAGGUGUGGUAGAAGAAACAGCGGCUGAAGUGUGGGGAACAGCCCAGGAUGGCUCCAAGAUCCAGGCUGCACUGAAACCGUUUGGUGAAGUCAGCAUUUCAACCGACGGAGAGAAAUCUUACAGCUUCGAUGCGGCGAUGAUAAAAACCCAUCAGCUCCGAGACCACGAUGCAGUUUUUGAGCUCAUCUUCGAGAAACAUAAAAAAGAUAUCAACCAACUCAUGGAUUCCAUCGCACCGAGGCUCGGAAUUUUGCCGGAAAAGGUCUAUAUGGUCAUAGGAUAUAAGUCCGUCGAGAACGCUUCAUUCUCCGGGGAAGAAUCGGAGUCGCUGUCGGUGAAGGCCUCAGGAGAAGCCCCCGUUGGUGCAACCGCGAACGCAGUAGCUCCCGGCGUCACUCCCCUUAAUGCGACGGCCAGUCUCUCGGGCGAAGCGCAUAGGUCUACUAAAUCCGGCCACAAGGGUUCCUUGACCGGAGAAACGGGAGUUGCUGUAGAAUACAGGACACUUAAGAGAAGCUGGAUUCUUGCUUGGACGAGGAAAAAGUCUUAUGGUUCAAUAUACAGUAUAGGAGUGAAAUACUUCGGCGGGGGAGACGCAAUGGGAAAAGAGACUACUGAUGAACAGGAGAACGAAGAAGAGGAAGGAGACGAGCUGAUGCUGGAAUUGGAGGAUGAGGACGUGGAUGGGUAUGAAUUGUGUGAUGGGGUUUGGGACGACUUCUACGUCCCGAAACCCCUCAUUUCCAACUGAAGCUCGUUAGAGCCGUCUUCUAAGAAGUAUCUGGAAGGGAAAUUUUUGGGCCUAGCAGACGUAAACGAAGACAGCUGGUGCAAGCAAAUGUCGCUGCCCGAAUAACCGCGAAUCAAUGGAGACAUCCAAUUUGAACGCAGG